CCAGGGCCAUUUUCUCUCGAAAAUUUUCCCUCCAGCGCUUUCCUCACAAAGACCUGGCAAUUGAUCUCCUUGUCGCGGAUUCAAGGUCAUAUUAUGGCUGAUUUUGCCGACAAUGACAUCCAGGAGCUCCUACAGCAAGCCGAGCAGCGCCUCAGCGGUGGCCGCAUAGUCGCCAAGGAAGCUUCAACAGCUUCGACGGCGAAGCCAGUGGGAGGAGAGGAUGUUGUUAAGGCUGUAGCAGCUCCCACGCCAGAAUUGGCUCAAGUCCGCGUGCCGCAGCCCAAGAUGGAUGCACAGCGGAAGGGUAAGAACACAGCAGGGGCUGACUGGUUUGAUCUUCCCAAAACAAACAUGACGGCAGAGUUCAAGAGAGACUGGCAACUCUUGCGCAUGCGAAAUGUCCUAGACCCUAAGCAUCAGAGAAAAAACCUCCGAGCCAGCGCCCCCGUAUAUUCGCAGGUGGGCAAGGUCAUUGCCAGUCCAACCGACCCAUUCAGCGCGAGACUUGGCCGUAAGGAGAGAAAGCAAACACUGCUAGAGGGCGUCAUGGUUGCUCAUAAUGACAACAAGCUCGCGUCCAAAUACUCCGACAUACAGGAGAAGAAGAGGUCAGGACGCAAGGCAUUCUACAAAUCAGUAGUUUCCAAACGACGACAGAGGAAUUAGAGGAAUUAAGGCCCCAAGACCUAAAUCUUGACAUGAUACCCGGACAAUAAUGGAGUUUUUCAUCUGGUUGACCAACUAUUUUAUGGUUUGAAAAAUAGAGCAAAAAAAUUGAAUAAAACAUGAUAAUGCUAUUUCUGAGCCUCCACCCUAGAGUGUAUAAACUUUUGUUAUAAUGUAAUUUAUAUGUAAUGUUUAUAUUAAAAUCUUGUGAUGAUAGCAUAUUCUUCUUCUCGUCAUACCAUUUCGUAGUGUAUAAUUCGUAAUUAUAACUCCUUAAUACAAACCCUAGUAAUAAGUAGCCAGCGCUCGUGCCGUCAUUCUGCGUUACACCAACUUGAUCUUAUGCUAGUCUGCCUUCUG